UCGGUGUACUUCGUACAAGGUAUUUGCUGUGCAUCCGAACUACCGUCGGUACGAAAAAUUGUCAAACCCUUGAAUGGAGUACACUCGCUACAAAUCAAUGUCACAACCCGUCGGGUAUACGUUGAACAUGAUGCCGAUGUCAUUACAGCCCAGACCAUUGCCGAGCUGAUCGACGACGCGCUCGAUGAAUCCAUCGCUACUCAAAUCGCGUUGCAAGAUUUGGAAUCGCAAUCGCUGCACUGGAAUGUUCUCAUGUCCGGUGUAUUUUGGAUCGUCAGCAUGUUGUCCGCGGUACCCGGCUGGAGUACUUUACGGUACGCUGGUCUCGUGGCCAUGGUAUUCGGAUUGCCCCCGGUCAUUCGUAAGGCCUGGCAAACACUCCGCCGCUGGGAAUUCGAUGCCAACUGCAUGAUGGUCAUUGCCGCUUUCGGAGCCGCUCUGUUGGGUGAAUUCGACGAGGCCGCGUCGGUUAGUUUCCUGUUUUGUAUCAGCGAGUGGUUGGAACACCGGGCUACCCAUCGGGCUCGGGAAGCCUUGUCCACGAUUGUGGCGUUGCGACCCGAGCACGCCAACGUAAUACAUCCGCUGACGAAACAAAUGCUUAUCGUCCCCGCCGACCAAGUACCGGUUGGAGCGUUGAUUUCGGUACGCACGGGCGACAAGAUAGCGGCGGAUGGCGUUGUCGUAGAGGGUACCUCGUCGGUGGACGAAUCGUCACUAACCGGUGAAUCCAUACCUGUACGCAAAACAAUUAACGAUGUCGUGUCCGGUGGAGGUAUCAACAUUGGUACCACGCAGUUGGUCGUCCGGACCACGAGCAGUGUGGAAGAUUCGGCCGUUUCCCGAUUAAUUCGAUUAGUCGAAGAGGCGCAAGCAAACCGAUCGCCCACAGAAAAGAUGAUUGAUGGCUUUGCACGGGCCUAUACACCCGUGGUAGUAGCCUUGGCCACGUUGAUGUGUACCAUCCCGUGGCUGUUUGGUCAGGAAGUGGGACGGGAAUGGACUUUGAAUGGAUUGAUCAUUAUUGUUGUGGCGUGUCCGUGUGCUUUGACGAUUAGUACGCCCGUCACUUAUGCAGCAGGGUUGGCGGCAACGGCACAACGAGGAAUUGUCGUCAAGGGCGGAGCCAGUUUAGAAGCUUUAGGCAGCGUCAAAAAAGUUGUCCUUGACAAGACUGGAACUUUAACGCAGGGCAAAUUCAAUGUAGUUCAUUUAGAAAACAUUGGUUCCAUCCGGUCACGAAAAGAGAUGCUCCAACUCUUGGCGUUGAUGGAAGCUCCGUCAAGCCAUCCACUUUCGGCGACGUUGGUAAAAGCUGCGAAGCAAGAAGGCGUUUCGGUUCCGACUGACAUGGAUGCAAAAGAACAUACGAUCCUUAAAGGGGAAGGUGUAACUGCGAAUGUGAACGGAAAGCAAGUCUACGUUGGGAACCGAAAGCUUUUCGAGCGUCUCGGUAUGCUCAGCAACGUGGAUCAGGCUUUCCUUGGGCUCACCGACGCAUGGAGUAGCUCCGGUGGCACAGUCGGGUUCAUUGGUGUGGAGGGAGAGGGAAUCAUUGGUGCUUUCAGCAUGACCGAUAUGAUUCGCGAAGACGCUGCCGAUGUUGUUACGGCACUUCGUGCGAGCGGUCAUGAAGUCUUGAUGCUAACUGGAGACGGCGAGGGUGCAGCUAAGUCCGUCGCGGAACAAAUCAAUCUUCCGAACAGUGCUGUGCACUACCAACUCACACCCGAAGACAAGCUCCACUUUGUCGCAAGCAUCAAGUGUCCACAACCGAAACAUUUUCAGGUGCUCCAGCGGCGACCACUCGUGCUUUUUUGCGGCGACGGUGUAAACGAUGCUCCUGCUCUAGCUGUUGCUGAUAUAGGCGUUUCAAUGGGUGAAGGCGCAGCUUUGGCAAUGGAAAUGAGUGACGUGACACUCAUGGACUCGAGCCUAAGCAAGCUUGUGUACGUAAUGUACAUGGGGAGACGAGUGGUACGAACCAUCCAAGAAAACAUAGCAUUGAGUCUUCUGUGCAAGCUAUUGGUCGUUACAUUGACGUUUGCAGGUUAUAUGACCCUUCUUUACGCUAUCGCCAGCGAUGUCGGGGUCAUGCUACUAGUCACCUUAAACGGAAUGAAACUACUA